UAAGCUGGCGAGCGGUGGAGGCGGCGGUCGUGGGCUGUUCUGCUACCACUGCCCGCCCAGCUUGCCGCCGCACCAGCAUCGCCUGCCAACCCUGGAGUAUCCCUUCACGGCCUCACACCCCUAUACAAGCUAUUCUUAUCAUCCGGCAAUACACGAUGACACAUUCGUGCGUCGGAAACAAAGACGAAAUCGGACAACGUUCACCCUACAACAGUUGGAAGAGUUGGAGACGGCGUUUGCCCAAACGCAUUACCCAGACGUGUUUACUAGAGAGGAUCUAGCUCUCAAAAUUAAUCUCACUGAAGCUAGAGUACAGGUAUGGUUUCAAAACCGCCGUGCGAAAUGGCGGAAAGCGGAGCGAUUAAAGGAAGAGCAGAGGAAGCGGGAAGGAGUCGAUGUUAUGGCCAAACGAGAUCCUAAUGACGAUAAGGGAUCAUCGGAGUGCGGUAUGUCUAGAGGAUCAGGAGAAGUGUCGCCUAUGUCAGGUGCAGGUUCCCCCCGCGCCUCACCUCCCGUCUCUCCUGGAUCUCCGCGUCGCUCGCCGCUCCGUUCUCCGCGCCGCUCACCCAACAGAUCCCCACGUUUAGAAAGAUCAGAAGCAAGUCCUUCACCAGCGCCUUCAGUAGGUAGCGCUGGAUCAAGGGAAGCGCCGCCCGAGCACAGACCACCGCAUCACAUCUUUUCCCCUUUUGACCAUACUGGAGCCUACCGCUCGUCAACGGCGGGUUCGGACGCCCCCCCCGCGCCUCCACUCUUCCUACCCCCGCACCUCUCGCAUCUCUCGCAGCAUCUCAACCAUUUGUCGCAACCUUUCUUCCCCUUGAAAGGUUGGGGUGCCCCCUGUCCCUGCUGCCCCAAAGAAGAGGCGCGCUCAUCUAGCGUAGCGGAACUCAGACGCAAAGCACACGAGCACUCAGCAGCCUUAUUGCAAUCUCUCGCCAACUUCCAAUCAAGAGCUCUUCUGCCAUUACCACUACAUCUUCCCCCCUUAUCGUUGUCUCUCUUACCACAUGAUGCACAGCCUUCAACCACGCAAGCUGAGCCGCAGAAACAUAUAGAAUAAUAAUCCUUGUAUCCAUUGAUUCCAAAAUGUACGGAUCUGCUAUUUCAAUGAGUCAACGAUUCCAGACGUCAUUGACAGUUGAUAAUUCUGAUAAAUAUAAAAUUUUAUAUUUGGUAGUUGGUUAAUUAUAUUUGCGCUUUAUUACAAUCUAAUAGUGACUACAUUAGCUGAAUUUUUUCAUACAAUAUAUAUCUAGUUCAUUGCGAAUUCAUUCUUUCUUUUUUAAGGGAAUCUACUUCUUUAUCAAAAGUAUUAGUUAUUCAAAUCACUUCCUUCGCUGACUUGACAUUUGACUUCGUCAUCGCAAAUACUCCUAGACAGAGACAACAAAGGAAGACACAGUAUUAAUAGCAGAAAUAACUAUAAUAGUCCAACUAUUAUGAACAGAUGUGAACAGUAUAUUGCAUGUUAUCUUUGUAUUUAAAGAAUCAAAACACCGUGUCGUGAAUAUAUUAUGCCUGUGCUAUGGUUUUAUAAUAUUAACCAAUUACAGUAUCAAUAUUUUAUUACCAGUCGUUUCCUUUUUAUAUAAAAAUUUAAAAUUUCUAAAUAUAAUCAUGCAUUAUUAUUAACAAAAUUUUGUUUUGGUUUGAGAAACAUUUUUUCUGUAAAACUGUAUAUUUACGUAACUAGAUUUAACGUUUUUGAAAGUAGACCUUAGUAUAAUAUAUCUAUGUACAUAAUGAGUUAUUGUAACUACUUAAUCUACUAUGAUUUUGACAAUGUAUUAAAAGGUUACGUCAGUUAUACGUUGCUUUUAUAUAAAAAUAUUUAACGCAUACCUAUUUUAUAUUAAAUUUAUCUAAAGUAAAAGAAGUUCUAAUCCUGAGAUCGCAGGUUCAAACCCCGGCUUUGCACCAAUGGACUUUCUGUCUAGUCUUCAAAUUUAACAUUCGCUCAAACGGUGAAGGAUAACAUCGUAAGAAACCCGUCUUGCCUUAUACCCAAAAAGUCAACGGCGUGUGUCAGGCACAGGCUGAUCACCAACUCUACUCAUGAAAUGAUCAUGAAACAGAUACAGAAAUCUGAGGUCUGGUUGAAAGUCCUAGUUACAAGCUACUAAUAAGCUUAAGAUUUUUGACAAAACUAACAAAAGCAUUCUUACAAACCUUACACUAAAGCCGCCAUUACCAAAGUCAAUUGUUAACUGUAACGUUUAAUACCCUGUCAAUGUCAUGGUUGAGUACCAUAGGUAAUAUUAAUAUUAUCGUCAGUACUUUCGACCAAAAACUGUAUGGAAUUUCGUUUUCAGAAUGUUAAUAAAAAUAAUCAUGUUUUUUUUUUUAAUUUUAGGCUAAUUCUGGUUAUAAAUAAAUAUAGAUUAAGUCUGGUGAUGUCACAUAUUUAUUUCAUAAAGCAACGAUUUUGGUAUUUUUUUUUCUAAACAAAGCUUUAUUUGACGCGUAAGAUUUACAACUAAAUAUAAUAAUUGUAUUAACUCUGAUUUUUAUUGACGAAUUUUCUUGUUACGAAAUAAAAUUCGAGUUAUAUUGGAUAAAGGAAUAAAUUUAAGGUAAUAAUAAUCCAACACAUUAAUGCUUGUAUAAUUAAGUAAAUCUAUUUCCGGUGUGUCUGUAAAUAUUUACGAAUAUCUGAACUACUGCACCAUGCACGAGUUAGGGAAUUGUUGUCGCCGGUUGUAUAUAUUUAGUUUUAUAUUAAUAUUUAAGCACUAUGUAUUAUAAUACACGUAGACUAU